AUGUCAGCCCAAUCGAAAGGGAAAAAGCAACAAUCUCUCACCAAUUUCUUCACUCCGAAGACGGUUAACGGCCUAUCCGCGCCUCGAAAGCCACAGACCGAAGAUGCCGGUACCCCCAGCAAAUCCCCCGAAAGCUCCCGCAAGCGACCUCUCCAAGAAGAUACUGAUAACGGAAACGAUAUACCGUUAAGGAAGAAAACAAAAGGAAAAGAAGUCGAGAAUGAGCAUGACGAUAUAGAAGAGCCAACCCCUACUCUAGCUCUAAGUAGACCGGGCACACGUACGGAACGCUACCUUUAUAACAAAUCGAGCUCCCACGAUGAUGCAUCGGACGAAGAACCUAGUGCUGCCGAAAGGCGGAAGAGAGAAGAACUGCACCGUAAAUUUGUACAAAAACUCGGGCGGCCGGACAGCUUGGCAUAUGGUAGAAAUCGAAGUGGCAAAGGAGAAGACGAUACCCAAGCUGCGGACGAGGAUGGGGAAGAUGGUGAGGAGGAAGAACCGCCUCCACCUACAAAGGGGAAGAAGAAGGGCGCCAAGACUGGCAAGCUUACACCAAUGGAGAUUCAAUUCCUCGAUAUUAAGAGGAAGCAUAUGGACACCAUAUUGAUUGUCGAGGUCGGGUACAAGUUCAAGUUCUUUGGCGAAGAUGCCCGCGUUGCUGCAAAGGAGCUAAGCAUUGUAUGCAUACCUGGAAAGUUCCGUUACGACGAACAUCCGUCAGAAGCACAUCUCGACAGAUUCGCAUCUGCCAGUAUCCCUGUACAUCGACUACCAGUACACGCUAAGCGCUUGGUAGCAGCCGGUCACAAAGUUGGUGUUGUCCGCCAAGUAGAGACUGCAGCGUUGAAAAAAGUUGGAGAUAAUCGCAAUGCCCCCUUCACGAGGAAACUCACAAAUGUCUACACCAAGGGCACAUACGUCGAUGAAAUUGGUGAGCUAGAUCAAGGUAGUUCGGGGGCUCCGGCAGGUGGAUACUUGCUUUGCCUUACAGAAACGAAAGCCAAGGGUUGGGGCACCGACGAGAAAGUUGAUGUUGGCAUAAUCGCAGUACAACCUGCAACCGGUGAUAUAAUCUAUGACAACUUCGAGGACGGCUUCAUGCGAAGCGAAAUCGAAACGAGAUUGUUACAUAUCUCGCCAUGCGAGUUUGUCAUUGUCGGCGAGCUUUCCAAAGCUACAGAUAAGCUUCUGCAACAUCUAUCCGGCAGCGCAACCAAUGUUUUUGGCGACAGAAGCAGAAUCGAAAGGAUUCCAAAGUCGAAAACCAUUGCCGCCGAAGCAUACUCCCAUGUCGCUCAAUUCUACUCCGCCAAGCUCAAGGAAGCUUCCGAGGGCAACAACGAUCAAGCCAGUGCACUUCUAGACAAAGUUCUAAAGUUGCCAGAGCCUGUCACGGUUUGCCUAUCCUCUAUGAUCAACCACCUGACAGAGUAUGGGCUAGAGCACAUAUUUGACUUAACCAAAUACUUUCAAUCUUUCAGUGCUCGUCAGCACAUGUUAAUCAAUGGCACCACGUUGGAGAGUCUAGAAGUAUAUCGAAAUUCAACAGACCACACUGAAAAGGGCAGUCUCUUCUGGGCACUCGACAAGACUGUAACCCGUUUCGGGCAGCGACUUCUACGUAAGUGGAUCGGUCGACCUCUCCUAGACAAAGAACGUCUCGAAGAACGAGUGACUGCUGUAGAGGAGCUCGUAGAGAAUGCUUCGACUGCCAAAGUCGACCAAUUGGAGCACCUAUUGAAAAAUACCAAGACGGAUCUCGAGAGGAGUCUAAUCCGUAUAUACUAUGGAAAAUGCACACGUCCCGAGCUUCUGUCAGUCCUCCAAACACUACAGAGGAUAGCAAUGGAGUUUGGACGAGUGAAGUCGGCGGAGGAUACAGGCUUCAAGGCGGAAGGUAUCAGCACAGCCAUCUUCUCGUUGCCGCAAAUCUUGCCAACCGUUCUGUCAUACCUCGAACGCAUCAACGCGGAUGCCGCACGAAGAGACGACAAAUAUAGUUUCUUCCGAGAGAGUGAAGAGACAGACGAUAUCACAGAACACAAGCUAGGUAUCGCGUCCGUAGAGCAAGAGCUCGACGCCCAUCGCAAAGUAGCCGCCCAAACGCUCGGGAAGAAGACCCCCGUGCCCUACGUGACCGUCGCCGGCAUCGAGUAUCUCGUAGAAGUGCCCAACGCCGAGCUCAAGCGCGUCCCUGCCUCUUGGCUAAAGAUUAGUGGCACCAAGAAGCUCUCGCGUUUCCACACCCCCGAGGUCGUGCGCCUAAUGUCAGAACGCGACCAACACAAGGAAGCCCUCUCAGCCGCCUGCGACACCGCAUUCUCAUCCCUCCUCGAAGACAUCGCCGCAAACUACCAACCCCUCCGCGACGCCGUCUCCUCCCUCGCCACCCUAGACUGCCUCCUAUCUCUCUCCAAAGUCGCCGCUCUACCAGGCUACACCAAACCCACCUUCCUCCCCUCCGACACGCCCCCCACCAUCUCCAUAACAGGAGGCCGACACCCCAUCGCCGAGCAAACCCUAACCACAUCCUACAUCCCCUUCACCACCUCCCUAGCCUCGCCCUCGCCUCUCGCACACCUAAUAACCGGCCCCAACAUGGGCGGCAAAUCCUCCUUCGUCCGCGCCGUCGCGCUUCUCGUCCUGCUAGCGCAAAUUGGCUCCUUCGUCCCCGCCGACUCAUUCACCCUCACCCUCACAGACGCAAUCUACACGCGCAUGGGCGCGCGCGACAACCUAUUCGCCGGCGAAUCCACCUUCAUGGUCGAAGUAAGCGAAACAGCGCGGAUCCUCCGCGCCGCGACCCCGCGUUCCCUCGUCGUGCUCGACGAGCUCGGCCGCGGCACCAGCACCCACGACGGCGCCGCCAUCGCGCACGCUGUCCUCGAACACGUCGUCACCGAGACGAAAUGCCUUACCCUUUUCAUCACCCACUACCAGAACCUAUCCCGCGUCGCCGACGGCCUCGCCGGCCGCUGUAAAAACGUACAUAUGCGCUUCACCGCCGCCAAACGCGACGGCAUCGCCGAGGAUAACGAAGAAGAUGACGAAGACGAAAUCACCUUCCUCUAUGAAGUAGGCGAGGGCGUCGCGCACAGAUCCUACGGUUUAAACGUGGCAAGACUAGCGCGCAUUCCACGGAAGGUAUUAGACGUAGCGGCGAAGAAAUCCAGGGAACUCGAGGAGACGAUCAAGACGCGCAGGUUAAACGGUACGGCAAGGCUCCUAGCUGACGUGUUGGGAAAUAAUCCCGACCAACUGGACCAUCUUAUAUCAAACAUCGAGCAGCUGUAGGAUCGAUCAGCUCAACCUUUAAGGACUUGCCUGUAAUAAAUACGAUGGUUUUUAUGAGU